UGGACACAGGCUCCCACUGGCACACCCGAGGCCAGUGCCCCAGGGGCCCCGGGAAAGGACAGGGCUUUCCUGGGCGAUGGAGGGCACCCAACCCGCGUGCACAACCCGUGGGCCAUCAGGGUACCAAGUGCAGGUGUCUGGGCUGAAGUCCACCACAGAAGAUGAGGGUCCUUCUUCAGUGACGAGUCAGCUGUCCCCGAGAAACGUCCCAAAGCAUAGCACCCCCCGGGACGCCACGCCCAGCCUGCACAGGAGGCCACCGGGCCGUGUCCCCUACCGCCCGGAAGGGAGCCCCGUCGCUGAGUCCCCGCUGCCUGAAAGCCUUUCCUGGAGCACCAUGGCCACCCUCCGGAACCUGCAGCUUUCUACCGUCUGGCCGGCACCCGCCUCCGACCCCUGGGAUCCCGAGGAAGAUCCUCCUACACCCGCCUCGGUCACUCGGAGGCAGCGGCAGGCAGAGUCCGGGGGAGCACGGAGCCGGUCUCCACACUUGAGCUUGCCCGGGGUCCCCAACACCUCGGGGAAGAGAAGGAGGGACCCAAAGGAGCUGGCGGCUGUGACAGAGCGCGUGAGGCAGUGGGAAGUCAGGCAGCUUCGGGACAUCGAGGAGGCCACUCAUCACGAGCUCACCAUCGAGGACGACUGCAUUUUGGGGCCGGGCCAGGAAGCACUGUGUUCUGGGGCUCCCGCGGCCAGCCCUCCAUCCACCGGCUUCAAACCCUGAUCCUCGGGGCUCCCCCGGGCCUCACCUUGACCACUUCCCUCUCCACUGUGAUGCUUGGGUUGGGUGGGGGGCAAGUUAAGGCUCCCGUAACUCCGAUCCCACGCGAGGCCCUCAGAAGCACCAACGGAGAGCAGGGGAUGGAGGGAGCAGGUGCCCCCGCCCCCGGGGGUUCCCCAGGGCCACCCAGGGACCAGGGAGCGUGGUGAGCUGCCCCCCCCCCCCCAACACAGAGCUGGGGCCACACUCCCAGCAGGCUCAGGGUGCAUUCCGGGGAAGUCAGACACCGCGACUCACCGGGAGGUGGUUCUGGCAGUUCAGGCGCUGGUUUUGUGGGGGUGGUGAGAAUUUAACCCCCUAUGGUAGUGCGUUCCUGGGGCUGGGGUCCCACCAAACAGAUGGGGGGGUGCAGGCCCUCUGUCGAGAGGAGGGAGCGGGGCACUUGGGGCCCUUCAGCUAACACACAAAACCACAUGGACCUCCCAGUCCAGACCAUCUCUGGCACAGCUUUGCAGGAUGCUUCAUGGUUAUAAAAACAGAGCUCGAUUUUAUUCUUAUAAAUGUGUUCAUCCCCACUCUGUUUUAUUUUUUA